AGGUAGCUAUCAAGUAAACACUGAUGGAUGUGUGUGCAUGUGCCUGAACCCUGCAGGAGUCCCCUGGCCCAGAUGGAGGGAGCACGUGGCCAAGAUGGAAAUGGAACAGGUGUUUGAAAAGAAGCUCAAGGAGAAGAUCCAGAAGCUCAAAGACUCUGAGCAAGAGCUCCUGCGGCGCCACGAGCAGAUGAAGAAGAACCUGGAGGCCCAGCACAAGGAGCUGGAGGAGAAGAGACGCCAGCUGGAGGAUGAGAAGAACAACUGGGAGGCACAGCAGAGGGUGCUGGAGCAACAGAAACUAGACUCCUCCAGGACCUUGGAAAAGAACAAAAAAAAGAAGAUAUUUUAAAAGUAUUGCAGGAGGACCACCAUGUAACAAUGUACUAGUUGCCAAUUUCCCAACCUGGACUGUCAGUUUGCCUGUCGACCAACAACCUGUUACUGUGUGUAUGUGUGACGGAGCAGCGUGGUCUGUCUGGGGGAAGUUGGUUGUAACUGGGGGAUCGAGGGAGAGAUGGUCCUCCAUUAAACUAAAACUCAUUUUCAGACAGACUCAGUCCUGGAACAUGCUAUAUCACUAUACUAUUUCUCCUUUCUUUUCUCUCUCUUUCCCCUUCUCUCACUCUCCUCCCCAAAUACCUUUCUUCUUCCUU